AUGGAGUACCGCGCCUCGGCGACAUGCCGUCUGCUUGGGUUCCCAGUGGAGCUGGCAGCAGCGGGUGGUCUAAAGGCCGAUGAGGUGUUGGGUCGCGUGCUGCAUGAGGCACUUGAGAGCGACGUGGUUUUUAUUCACCCACAGCAAAGGGGAGGGGGCGCUGCAUCAUCACAAUCGACGCGUGGUCACGGUCGCGGCAACCAAAGGCGAAGCGGAUAUCGGCAGAACAAUUCGACGCAUGCGCUCUCACCGCGCCAGAUGGAGCUGAAGGCGAUCAUGGAUGAACUUAGAGAGCUUUGUGUGCACUUUAGCCGCGUGCUGAAGUUCUCCAUAAAGUUUCCGCGGAACAACCCCCAACAAGAGCAACAACAACAACAACAACACCAGCAACCCAAGCAGUGGGAUGACGGUAGUGGGACUCAGGGUGAGUGGCGUUGUCGGGCCUACGUGCGGGAUGAAUGGGGUGUGGCACCCAAUCUCUCCUUCACCGCUGAGGCGCGUGGCCAGUCGGCCAAUGACUCGCUGAUGCGUUGUCUCGCGAUGCUGCGUGACCGCUACCGUGCUGAGUUAGAGUCUCCCGCCGUGCAGCUUGAGAGCGUCCGAGAGGUGGAGGCUUUUAUCCAUCCGUGGGGGAAAACUGUUGAGAGCCACUGCUUCGAAGAGGGCACGACGGAUGACUCAUCCGAAGCUCAAACAUCAGCUCCAGCAGGUCAAAAAAAUGACAAGAAGAAGAAGAAAAAGAAGAAUGAUGAGGAUUCCUCGCAUGAGGCAGGUGCCGCGCAGCCUGUGCCCGUCGAGGAGCAGUACAGAGUGCUGCGCCCAACAACCUUCACCGCCGCUGUGAUUGUCGAGGACGCGCAGGGGAACAUCAGCGUAUCCCAGGUGAAGCGGCAAGCCACGCCACUGGUGGCGUACCAGAGUGCUUCUGUCCAAGCGCUGCGUGUCGAGGCGGGGCUCGUACCGGACGUAACAAUCAUGGAUCAGUGCCUUCCGCCGGUGCCACUGCUAUUGCGCAUGCGGUGGCAGUUGGACGCGAUGGUGCAGCGUCUGGCACAGCUGCACAGCAAGCGGCCGGAGGAGGUCGCCACGAUACGCAUCGAGGGUGAGUCGGGAAGUGGUGAUAAGAAUACCAUUGAAAAUGGGAAGAGUGACCUUGCCACCAAGAAUGAGGAAGAAGCAGAGAUCAGCGACAAACAGUGCGUCUUUUUUAAUGCGUACUUUAUUUCGGAGGGAAGUGUUGUGUGGCAGCAGAGCGGGCAGGGACGCUACCGCCUCGAGUUUGAUUGCUACGUGCAGGCGCUAACAUAUCUCCUUGACCAGUACCCCGAGGUGGGGCUUACAUGCUUUGACACGUGUGGUGGCGGUGCGCUCUUCCCCACCACGAAGCUGCUGGAACUCGCCGUGAUGAAGCAUGACAACUAUAACGUGGGCGCCAACCACCGCGGAAAGUGGAAUGUGUACGCCCUGUUGGGGACGCUUACAUCGCAGCUUAUUGGCAGUUUCUACCAGACAACGUACCAUGCGGACCGGGCAACGGGCGAGGCGCGUGCGGUUCUCACCGUGAAUGACGGCCUGCGCUCGAACCAACUGCUGAUUCAGCGUCAGGCGAAGAAGCGUGGUGAGGCAUGGCGCAGUGCGUGUCUGGAUGCGCUGCGGGAGAACUUCCCCAACCAGUACCGCGACGCCCUGCUGCUGCACCCCGAUCUUGACCUCUCUGGCGACACCAUGGCACGUGGGAGCAGGUACCGCGCCCUUCCACGAGAGAAACGUGUGGAGCAUAUCGGUAACAUAUUCUCCCUUGUUGCCGCCUUUGCAGAGGAGGACUUGGGAUGGCAUAACUUGCGUGUGCGUCUGCGCAACGCGUCCGCGGAUUUGGGCCUCCCGCAGUGGGUGGCGGAGAUGGAGGCGCAGAUCGAGGGUGAGGAACAGCGGCGUGUCGUGGCCAUUUCGCCGCCGUACUCACAGGUGAAGCACGCCAGGCGGGUGCUCGUCUAUCAGUUGGCGCAAAAGUACUUCCCCAAGGAGCUGCAGGCAUAUGCCAAACUGAACCGUGGUGAUGCAGUGAAUCCUGACCAGGACGCACGCAACACGGACAACACUGUAUACCGAGCGGGGACAGAGUCGUUUGUGAAUCAGGUAAUGAUGCUUCUCGAGGAGCGGGCGCCUGCCAUGGCACCCUUCUCAUGGACACUCGAGCAGCACGUUGACAGCAACACCGAGAGCACCGGUAACGACGGCAGCGUUGAGUACCUUCUCCACCCUUUUAGCCCGCGCUUCCGUGCGGCAGUCUAUGGGAUGAGCGGUGACAUGCUCAUCAGCGAGCGUCUCGGCACAGAGGAUGAGAGUGCGGUGGGUGUGCUGUGCAGCGCGUUGCGUGCGGCGACCAAUCGUCUCGCUGGGGCAAAGGGCGAGCAGCUGUGGACGGAGUACGAGUGUCAUGCGCCGCCGCCCAUCGCCACUUCGCGUGAGUUGUCACUCUACAUGUUUAACGCCUUUUUUGGGGUUUCGAAACUCGGCAUGGUGACAGACGCGGAGUCGCUGUCCACAGCCUCCUCCGCGGAGCAGCAGGUGGUGGACAUCGACGCGCGGGAACUCGGUGGCUACUGGUUUGUCACGCUGUCACUCUCACGGGCGGGUGAUUUGGCUGUAGCGCGCGCCAUCGCGACAGCAAAGCGAGAGGGCAUCCGCGACGUGAUGCUGCUGGCGUGCCGCAGGAGUUUUCCACGGGCGCUGCAGUACCUGGCGGCUCACUCGCGGGAGGUGGGUUCUUUCGCGGCGGAGAUAUUCGCCUCGCCGGUGGUGGAGGCUCUGCCAGAUGCCGUGCUACAUGACAUAAAACAUGGCCUGGAGCGUGCAGAAGCCGCCGGGCCGCCGCGGCCGUACACACUACUGCGCCGCUGCGUCACGCGCGAGUUCCGCAAUGAGCGUUGGCUGCGGGUGGAGCAGAUGUCGAACAGCGGCAACGGAUUUCAGUGCCGUAUUUAUUUACAGAAACACCGGCGUGAGUCGAAAAAGGGCGAGGUGCAGCUUGUAGGCUUUGGUGCCGCGCUGAGUCGGUCGCAGGCUCUGCACAUUGCCUCUCUCUGUGCGUUGGAGAAUCUCUUUGAGAGUGAUCUCGCUGCGGCUGUUGCGCGCUCACCAGGCUAUAGGGACCUGCCGUCCCUAGAAUAA